AUGCCUCCAAGAAUACACGUCUCGGACAGUGGUGAGUUCGUGGAUUCCGAUGGAAACCAAAUCCAGCUGCGUGGUGUAAAUUUGGAUCCAAACGUUAAAUAUCCCAUUACUCCUCACUGCAGAAGUCAUGAUCCUAUGACCCCGUCAUUCUUUGAGGAUGCACACAAGGUCAGCUUUAUCAGUCACCCGCUCAAACUUGACGACAUUGAGCUUCAUAUUUUGAAACUAAAGUCUCUCGGGUAUAAUGCCAUUAGGUACCCAUUUACUUGGGAAUCCAUUGAGCAUGAAGGACCUGGAAAAUACGAUUUCGAAUUCAUCGACUACACAAUAGAGGUCCUCAAAAAAAUACACAGUUUGGGCGGAAUUUACGUUUACCUUGAUCCGCAUCAGGAUGUGUGGUCGCGAUUUACUGGCGGAUCCGGAGCUCCUUUAUGGACUUUAUACUGUGCGGGGUUUCAACCUCGAAGAUUCGAACAGACACAAGCGGCUAUUAUUCAAAAUUCAUUCAUUGAUCCAAGAACUGGAAAAGAAAGUAAGCCUUAUCCCAAAAUGUUGUGGGCAACCAAUUAUUCUCGCCUAGCGGCACAAACUAUGUUUACGCUCUUCUUCGGCGGGAAAAAGUUUGCUCCCAAGUGUGCUAUUAAUGGCUUAAAUAUAGAGGAUUACCUGCAGGAUCGCUUCACUGAAGCUGUAAUGACAUUUUACCGAAGGAUACGCGCGAAUGCUCCUGAGCUUUUCGAAGACCAUUGCGUGAUAGGCUUGGAAACCAUGAAUGAACCCAACAUGGGCUACUUUACGGAUCCCAAUCUUUCAGAGGUUCCCAAAGACCGAAAGCUCAAGAGAGGUACAAUGCCAACAGCAUUCCAAGCUUUCCAGCUGGGGGAAGGUCUUCCAGCCCUUGUUGACACCUAUGAAAUAUCUGUAUUUGGGCCUCGUAAGACAGACACGACCCGCAUUGAUCCCAAAGGACAAUCAGCCUGGCUAUCUGAAGAUGAGAGAGCUGAAGUAGAUGCACAGUACAAUUGGCAGAGGGGUGAGGAAUGGAAAGCUGCAACCUGUAUUUGGAGGCUUCAUGGUGUCUGGGAGCUUAAAAAGGGAAAUCAGCCUGUUUUACUUAAAGCAGACUAUUUUGCCCGCGAACCCAUGACCGGAGCUAGGAUUGAUUUGAGAUAUUUUACCAACGGCUUCUUUUUGGACUACUUUCAGAAAUUUCGUGGAAAAUUUAGAGAGCAAGACACAGAAUCGUAUAUCUUCAUGCAAUCUCUAACCCUACAGGAACCUCCAAGAUUGAAGAAUACGGACUUGAUUGACGACAAGACUAUUUAUGCAUGCCAUUUUUAUGAUGGAAUGUCAUUGAUGUUCAAAUCGUGGAACAAACUUUACAACGUGGACACGUUGGGCAUCAUGCGAGAUAAGUAUGCUAAUCCUGUCUUAAGCGUUGUAUUAGGAGAAACAAUGAUACGGAAAUGCAUCAGGAAGCAACUGGCACAAAUGAAGGAGGAAGGCAAAAAACUUCUGGGUAGCCGCGUGCCUGUCUUUUUCACGGAAAUUGGAAUGCCCUUUGACAUGGACAACAAAAAAGCGUAUGAAAAUGGCGACUUCAGCUCUCAGAUUGGUGCAAUGGAUGCGCUAGGCUAUGCUCUAGAAGGCAGCAAUCUUUCAUAUAGCUUGUGGUGCUACUGCACUGAUAACUCACAUGAAUGGGGUGACAGUUGGAACAAUGAGGACUUCUCCAUCUGGAGUAAAGAUGAUCUGAUAGAUCACUCGUCUUCAACUCCAACCGACCUAAAGUCCGAUUCAGAACCUGAUCUCGUAUCAUCUUUUUCAACGAUACCGCAUGGUCGGGUAUCUGACAUCGACACUGAGGAAGAAGAAAGCCAUUGGGAUUACAACGGAGUUAGGGCCCUUGAAGCUAUCCUACGGCCGUAUCCAGUAAAGAUCAGCGGAGAGUUUGAAAAUGCCGAGUUUGACUUGACUAGACGAGAAUACAGGCUGACUAUAAACGCUAAAUCAAGAGAGAAUGGGAGGCUGGCCUCAACGUUGAUAUUUCUCCCCCAAAUGCAUUUUCCUAUAGGUCAAACAACAAUUAAAACCACAUCUGGCCAAUUUCUUUAUGAUCCCAAUCAACAAGUCCUAAGAUGGUCUCACGACUUGGGCUUACAGAGCAUUUCUUUGCGGAAGGAAGCGGAAACAUCCAAAAAAUCAGAUGAUCCUGAAGGAUGUUCAGUAAUGUAG